CUUCCUCAGCGCACAGGACCCUAGACGAUGGAUUGAGGCAAGAAUAUAUUUGCUCUGUACACAGAACACAGAGAAAAACGUUGCGCAGAUCUAAUAUCCUUAAGCACGGCAAUAAAACCGAAGCCUGAAGUUUAACUCGCGGAUCUUUGCGCGGCUCUCCUUCAGUGAGCAUCAGCUCGAGAACCUGCGGCUCUCCUCCAACUGCACUCCGUGGGUUUUGAAUGGAGAACAAGGCAAUGUAUCUGAUCACCAAUGAGGACAGGGAUAACAGCUCAUUCUAUGAGGAGGGCUAUGAUGGGAUGAAUCUUUCAAAACUCAACCUGUGUGAAGAAGUAGGUUCAGCAAAGGGCAGGAGAAAGACUAAUAAUUGCUGUUGUCAAUUGGAUUCCUUCUCUGCAAUCAAAUAUGCCAUUGUGUCCCUUUAUAUUCUGGUACUGCUCACCAUAUUUGGCCUCUCCAUAGCAGUAUCAAAAUCCCAUGCAUCCUCAAAGAGGGAAGAGGCACUGCUGGAGAAUGUGACUCGUCUGGGAGAGCACUCUGAGACCUUGCAGAGAUCUCUUAGCCAAUUGCCCUCCCAAAGUGACCUUCUGGAGAACAUCUGGAAGCUUGAGAGCCUCUUCCAUAAUCAUAGCGAACAGCUGAUGCUGUUAGGGCGUCUGGCACAGGGCUUGGAGCGUGACAUCAAAGAUUUGCAGGCCUUCUCUGAACACACCACAGACUCUGUGGCUCAACUCUGGGACCAUCUGGCCAUGAUCAGCCACUCCAGCCAGAGGAACAGCAGCAGACUGGGAGAAGAAUUAGCCUUUGCUGCUGGCUCUAUUCGAAGCCAAGACGCAAUUUUAAAGACAAUGGUGGUAAAAGUAGAGACACUACAGGAGCGUCUGGAGGAGGUGGGAUGGACAGUACAGACAUUAAACCAUUCGAUUAGUGGAGAUGUGAGUCUGCACCAGGUGAAAAUCUGUGAACUGCAGGAGAAGAUUGGGAAUGUGUCUCAUGACACCACAAGCAUGAGGAUCACACAGUUACACCUGGAGGAGCAGCUCAGGAAUGAGAUUGAAGUGCUGAAUGUCAUCACCGCAGAUCUGAGGCUAAAAGCAUGGGAGCACUCCAUGGCACUCCAAAACUUAACUGUAUUACAAGGGCCACCAGGACCAAAGGGCGAGAAAGGUGAUGUGGGGCCCCUAGGACCAGCUGGACUUCCUGGUCUGACAGGAAUAAGAGGUUUGCCAGGAGAAAAGGGCAUUCAAGGUCCUCGGGGACUGACAGGACAAAGUGGCCAAGAUGGACACAAUGGAGAUAAAGGAGAUACUGGGCCUGAAGGACCCAAAGGUGUGAAAGGAGAAAGAGGACAGAAAGGAGAGAAAGGAGAGCGUGGAGACAAAGGAGGGAAAACAGUGGAAGAAACACUGGUAAGGCUGGUGAAUGGCUCUGGGCCCCACCAGGGUCGAGUGGAGGUGUUCCAUGAGCUUCGAUGGGGGACAGUGUGUGAUGAUGUCUGGGACAUGAAAGAUGGAGACGUUGUGUGCAGGAUGCUGGGCUACCGUGGCGCCAAAGAAAUCCACAAAACAGGCCGGUUUGGACAAGGCACUGGGUUAAUCUGGAUGGAUGAUGUUGCUUGUGCUGGUACUGAAGACUCUAUUCACCAGUGUAAAUUCUCAGGAUGGGGAAAAACCAACUGCGGUCACGUAGAAGAUGCAGGCGUGACCUGUAACAUAUAGCCUGUUUCAAGUCUUCAAUAUCCUGUAAAAUGGACAGUUAAGAUGUAAAUGUGGAUUAUUUGCAGGCUCUGUGGAAGCCGUGUCUGUGUCCUUAUUAUGAACCAAUCUGUGGCAGAGUAACAUAUCAGCCACAGGCUCAAAUCCUACCUGCAAAGAACUACUACCCAAAUACUUCAGCCAUAUCCAUCAGAUGGGGGAAGAAUAUUCCACAUGCGUUUGCAUGUGCGUGCGUGCGUGAGUGCUCUAUGCUGUUGCUUUUUUGUAGAUUUUUUUAUCUUUAAACAAAAACCUAGUUGCAGUUUAUGUUGUUUAUAGAUAUAUGCAUUUAACUUUCCAAAGAGAUUUAUGGACACGCACUAGUAUAUUUUUUAUAACUUUUAACUCAUAAGGAUUUAAAAUAGUAAUGUAGUUCCAAAUGUGCCUAAAACAUCAAUCAUAACAGACAUGUCAUGUCAUGGCAUGGUCAGCAAUUGUAUACCUCAGUUAAUGGUGAGGACCAAUUACAGUCAGUAUUAAUUGUUCAUUCGCUUCAUUAUAACACUAAAAUAUCAGUAUUGGUUCAUCUUUAACCAGUACAUUUUUUUUUACUUAAUUUAGUGUUGAAUAGCAUUAUCCAAUGCGAAUAAUGCGAAUGAUUCAAUAAAAUAUAUAUUCUAAAUAUCAUUUAUCAAAUAG